AUGAUUGAUGAAAAGGAGAUACCGAUCGAUAUACACAGUGGUAAGCUUCUGGACUGGUUACUCAGUCGACGACACUGUAAUAGGGAUUGGCAAAAAAACGUAAUGGUUAUCCGUGAAAAGAUUAGUGCAGCAAUUCAGGAUAUGCCAGAAGAUGAAAGGAUCGUGAAAUUACUGCAGGGUUCCUGUAAGCAUUCGAAGGAUGCAUUUAUUUUUGAAUAUAAAUUAUUUUCACUGCGUUCAAAUCGUCAACAUUCUGAAAGAUACGGAAAAGGGCACGAAGAAUUUCUUGGGAUAUUAUUCGUCGCAGAGAAUGAACGAUUGGAUGGUGCGAAUAAUAUUCUGUUUCAUUUCGUUAAGCCUGUUAUGAAACGAAACAAAGACUGUGCGAAAAAGGAAAGAGAUUAUGCAAAGCAAAUGGUUGAUAGCAAGAAACAAUACGAGAAGGAACUGCUGAAGAUGGGUAUUAAAGGUAUUGACUUAAGACGAGAAAUACUAUCGUUGUUGGCUGAUUUGCCAUCUUUUUUGGACGAAAUAACGAGGUCUAUAUCGUCUUUAAAUGAACCGCUUCAAUAUUAUGAACAGUUUCGGGCAUAUCUACAUCUGAACGAGACACCAAAUAUUGUUUUGUUACCAUUAUGCCGUUUGUUAAUGGAAAAAGGCGCAGAAGUUACAGUUUAUGAAUGGAAGAAUGGUGUAAAACCAGCACGCAUUGAAUUGCCUUCUCUGGAUGGUCGAGUAAAUGAAAAGGCAAAUAACGCUGAAGAGAUAGAUUUUGGCGAUGAUCUUAUAAUUCCUGAUAAUGAAAUUGAUUUUGGUGAUAGUGAAUUUCAAAUUGAUGUCAUUGGAGACGAAAAAGGUGAUGUUAACGAUGGAGUAGCUCGAGGCUUGGAUGCAUUGACAAUAUUAGAAAAUCCACAGACCCGGAAUCAUAUUUAUUUUGAAUUGAGAGAGUUAGAAAAAUUUUUGCUGAUGCGAAGAGAGGAUGAAACUACAGAAAGUAUAUCCGAUAUUUACAUAUUGGGGAUGGAGGAACGACCUGCGGCAUUAAGAAAGAUUACCGUGGAAAAAAUUGAUAAAUGGUCGAUGCAUGUGAGCCAAAUUAUCAAUAGCUUAACUGAUCCUCAAAAAGCUCAUUUGUUUCGAAUACGUUCCUCACCUCAAUAUGUUGAAAAACUGAUGGAAAUCUUGGAUCAGAAGCGUUCUUUAGAAGAACGUUACCGAAAGAUGAAAGACCUGAUGAUAGAGAAACAGAAUGAAAUGCAAAUGAGUAUAGUGAAAGCGCAUGAAACAUUGGAUAGGAUUUGUGAGACUAGCAAAAUAUUGCAGAAGCAAAUUGAAGAAGAAAUCUCAAAGAUGUAUAAAGGAAGGAAAGUAAACAUUAUGGGUGGUAUAAAUGCUGCACUGAUGACCUCUUGA